GCCGAUAUCGCUGCAUCUCUCGGACAAUACAGGCGUCACUAGAAUAACAGCAGUCAUUGAUUAAGCAUGCCGGGCCCUAUCGUCGAAGAUAUCCAGAUCGAGAAGGAUGUCCAGCACGACGAACACCCAGUGAUCGAGGACGUUAACGAGGAAGAUGACCACAACGACGUUGAUGCGGAUUCCGACGACGACCAGGAAGACGGUGCACAAGGUGGGGGUGACAGUGCAAAACAAAGCAGAAGUGAGAAAAAGAGUCGAAAGGCAAUGUUGAAGCUGGGGAUGAAACCUCUUGUUGGUGUUAGCAGGGUAACCAUUAAAAGAACAAAAAAUGUGAUGUUUUUUAUUUCAAAGCCAGAUGUGUUUAAGAGCCCCAACUCUGAAACAUAUGUGAUAUUUGGGGAGGCAAAGAUUGAGGAUCUUAGCUCACAACUCCAGACACAGGCGGCUCAGCAAUUUAGAAUGCCUGAAAUGGGCUCUGUUAUGGCAAAACCAGAUGUUUCUGCCGCCUCUGCAGCAGAGGAAGAGGAAGAGGAAGAGGAGGUGGAUGAAACCGGUGUUGAGGCUCGUGACAUUGACUUGGUCAUGACACAGGCAGGCGUGUCAAAGCCAAAGGCUGUGAAAGCUCUCAAGACACACAAUGGAGACAUAGUCAGUGCCAUCAUGGAGCUCACCACCUAGCCCCACACAACACAACAAUCUCUUGUGUCUUAAAUUUUUAUUAUUUUUUUCACCCUCAUUCGGAGAUGAUAUUUUUCAACUUGAAGUGGUUUCAUAAGAACUAAUGGUUAAUAUUGUCUUGUCAUGUUUUUGUUUUCUUUGUCUGAAUCUGCUUUUCCUAACAAAUGAGUGGAGAGCUGU